CGGGAAACUAUACGGCAACUACCUUUUUCAUGACGUAGUACACACACUCAAAUCAAGAUGGCGGAAGCAGCUGUGGAAAAUCCAGAACAAACUGCAAACAGUCGAUUUUACUGUCAUCAGUGCUCAAUAGAAAUAGAACCAAAACUUCCAGAUUUUACCUGUCCAGAAUGUGACAAUGGUUUUAUAGAAGAAAUAUCAGAGGAUGUGAACACAGCAUCUGGCACAAGCACAACACAACAGCAACCGGUCUCAGACCCAGCAUCUCGGUUUGCAGAGUUAUGGGGUCGAGCAUUUCUUGAAAGUUUUAGUAAUCAUGCGGCUGAGAGAGAUGAGGGCGUGGCUUGGGCUCGAGACCGGGACUCUGAUGAUGACGAGCAAGAAGGUUCCUCACGGCGGCAACACAGAGCUUUCCAACCUCCUAGGGUCUCAUUCAGAAGAACACGACCAAUACGAAACCAGUAUCUACAAGGGUUAUUUCAAUACUUCUCUGACAGAUUAGACAAUGAAUUAGGUGCUGGAGGUGGAGGGGGAAUAACAAUGCAAGGAAUUCCAGUAAACAUUGUUCCCGGCAUUGUACCUCUACAUGGUGCUCCAGAAGAUUAUGCUUGGGGAGCCGGUGGCCUAGAUGCUAUCAUUACUCAAUUACUAAAUCAACUUGAAGGUUCUGGUGCUCCUCCAGCACAAAAGGAAAAGAUAGACGGUUUACCAGUUGUAACUAUAACACAGACACAAGUUGAGAAUGUACUUCAGUGUUCUGUGUGUAUGGAUGAUUUUAGAGUAGAUGAAAAAGUAAACAAGCUCCCCUGUGAUCACCAUUACCAUAUAGAGUGUAUUGUCACAUGGUUAAAAAUGCAUGGGACUUGUCCAGUUUGUAGAAAAGAUUUAAGUGGGGAGGAUACGUCACUCAAAGACACUAUAACACCAAUCUUAGACGAUGACUCCCCAUUGAAUAAUGAUUCUUCAAAUGGAAUGACAUAAACAAUAUAAUAAAUGUUUAAUUAAAUCACACUGAACUCAUUUAUUUUUUAUUUGAAAAAUGUAUAUUUGAAGAUUACAUGCAGUGAAAUUGAUAUCUAACGAAAUUGAUAUCUGGAUUCUAAAAUGAGAUUUUGUAACAUAUUUGUGUUGUUAUUGCUAUAGUAAAGUACUUACAAGGUCGGAAAGACAGCUUUAAUUCAGAUUUUUCCCCAAGUGGUGAUUAACCUUUACCCUGCUAAAUUUCUAAAAUGGAAGGGUCUAUCAUUGAAUUUGGGCAGUACCAUUUAUUAUUCGAAUGGGUGUUCACUGAAAAUUUACUGACUAAAUAGCAAACAGUGCAGACCAUGAUCAGCCUGCACAGAUGUACAGGCUGAUUUUGGUCUGCACUGGUCCCAAAGGCAGUAUCACUUGCAGUAAGCAGGCUAAAGGCUAAUUUCUCUAUCUUCUUGCAUGUAUAUUAUGAUAAAAAUAUUCUAAAAAAUUGAUUGAAACAUUCUGUUUUAAUUCUGAUAUACUGCUAAGAGAGGGGAUAGACAUUUUCUAAUAUAUUUUAUUAAAACUUGUUUAAUUUGCAGGAGACAUAACUCUUUUGAAUGGUUUUAAAUCUUGUCCUUUUAUGUUGGUGCACUUCCUAUGUCCGGGAUAUAUUUGGGGAGUACAGUGCUCCCUCUACAGCAGCCCUCUGAACAACAAUUCCCUCCUUGCAACAACACUUGCUACUGACUCCAAAAUAUGCUAAUUGUUCUUUUAUUUACCUCUCUACAACAACUCCCUCUAAAGAACAACCAAAUUUUCUUUCUCCCAAAGGGUGUUGUAGUGAGGGAGCACUGUACAUGUAUACACCAAUUAACUGAUAGCUCUUGUUUGAAAUAAAAAAAAGGGGUUUUAUUUCAGCAAAAAAAGAAGACCAGUGGUAAAGUGAUAUAUUGAUUAAAAUAAAAAAUUCUUUAAUUGCUAAUGUAAAAGAUAAAUGACUUCAGUGUGUAAUUGUUGAAAUGUGAUUUUUGUAGAUAAUAUGACUUGAUAUUAAAUGAAAAUGUGUAAAACUUUAUUAGUGGAUAGAAUGAAGUCAUAAUACUUGUGUAUAGAAUAACACAUUUUACAUGUCUGUCCUCUUGUCAGAGUACCUAAUGCACCCUCUGCUGUUGUCAUACUUUAGCUAUAUGCCAUUGCAAAACUGCAAAACUUUCUUUGCUUUAGAACGUCUAAAAUUCAAAUUUUAGCUUUGAAUAUCUUAAAACUUGGUGUUCAAAUCCUACUGUUUAAAUAAGCUGCUUUUAUUUCAGUUAGAAAAUGAAAUGUAGUCCUAAAUGUUUAUCAGACAGUUAAUCACAAGACUUUGUGAUCUUGAAAUGAAGUUUGGUUACAUUUAUGAGUAAACUAUUGAAUAUUUCUUAUAUUAGCUCAAACAAUUGUUUGAAGUGAUAUGAUGUAAUUUUGACUUGUGUUUUGUAUGCUGAUGAACAAAAAUAUUUGCUACAGUGAGUACACUGAUUAUUCAGAUUAUGUUCCAUUGUAUGGGUCAUCAGCUUUAUCUCUAACCAGUCUGUAUUGCUAGCCUGCCAGCUUAGCUCGGUAGGGAAGGGGCAUAUCUGCAGAUCACAGAAUUGUGAGUUUGAUCUCCAGGCGAGGCACAUGUUCUCUGUGAUGAUUUGAUAAAAGACAUUUUGUCUAUAGUUAUUUUGUUCUCCACCUCUAAAUCUUGAGGUGAAGUUGGCAGUUACUUGCAAAGAACAGACAUGUACUAGUACAAAACCCAGUAACACUGGUUAGGCUAAAUGCCAACCUUAUAACUGAAACAUUGUUUAAAAAUUGCACUAAAAUAAAAAUAAAAACUAACUCCCUAUGGCACAUUAUAGAUAUUUUUAAUGAAAACAAUAUGAACACACUGUUGGUAUAACUGAAAGGGUAAUAUUUCUACAAAGGGUAGAUGUUAAUUUUCCUGUCAUAUUUUCUGUUAUGUAAUGAAAUAUAUUUUGGAACAUGUCUUAAGGUUUUCAGUUUUAUUUUCCGUAAUAGCUUUUAGUCAAGGUAAUUUUUGUUAUAAAAUUAAUGUCAUUUUUGUGGGGACAUUGCUCAUACAAGGUUCUUCAUAAAAAUGUAGUAGGUUUUUUUUUUGUCUUGUAUUGGAACAUAAGACAACACAAAGGCUGGUUGGUUUGAAUGUACUGUAGCAUAAUGAAAAACUAACUUAGCUGCCUUUGUUUAACUCAUUGGUAUUACAGAAGUUUUCACACACAGGCACAUGAAUUUUAUAGACAUUGUUGAAUGUGUUUUAAAGCUUUUAUAUUCUAAUGACUUGAUAAUCCAUUCAGAUGAAACUUGUUUUAUUUGUUGCAAAACUUUUAUCCAGAUAGGGAAAUUUUUUACAAUUAUUUCUGAAGAGGUGUUCGUUUAAUGUUUUAGAAGACUGUAGAGUUAUUUUUUAGAGGAAGGUAUCCCAGAUAAAAUGAAAUAUAACAUUAAUCUGCUAGACUAUUCCAAAAUUUUGAAAAGGCUAAAACCAAACAAAAAAGAAAUAGACAUAAAAUGAUCAUUUCUUAUGUGUUGUUUUGAUAUAUCAUUUAGGUAGCAGGACAAGAUUUUUAUGAAUUACCCAAGUUAUCCAACUGUUUAUAUAUUGGAUUUGAUAGUAGUCAGCGCCUGGAGUAUCACUAGUAGACUUGGGUUUUCCCCCAUCUGUCAGUCAUUAAAUUUUUCUGCUUUUCUGCCCAUUAUUUGUGUUUAUAUCAUUUAGUCAUAAAUGGUGGAUAAUGCCAUAUUAAUCUUUGAAAGCACAAACGUUUUUUAUUUUCAUGAAAGCAGGUGUAUGUAGAUAAAAAGCAGUAUGGAGAAUGUACACAUCCUUUUACUUUGUUCUUCUUUCUCUCUGUAUGUCUUCUACCUGUCAGAUAAAAAAGAAGGAUCCUAUGAAAACCUUGAAAAUACAAGAGAUUUUUUUUGUUAAUGUAGUUCUGCACGUUCAGAUCAAAAUUUUAUCUGUAAUGUAGAAAUUGAUUAAACCCUGAUUUUUCAAAACUUCAGAAUAUACUUGGAAAAUUCAGCAAAUAAAAAAGAAAGGGUUGUGUGCAUGAUUUGCUAGACAUAUUGGGAGUCUAUGGGAAAAUCACAAAUAACAUUUUCUUGAAUAAAACUUUCUCUACUAUGUAGUUUUUAGCUCAAUUAUUCGAAGAAUAGUCUAGCUAUUCUACUCACCCUGGUGUCUGCAUCACACCUUGGUUAAAGUUUUGCAUGCAAGUACAUGUGGCUAUCAUUUAAAGGCAUAUAACUAUGAAACUUGUUUUUUUCUUUUUCUAGGUCAAUUACCAUUCUCACUAGGUCAAGUCCCAUAACUCUGUAUUUUGGCCAAAUUUUGCCCCCUGUUGGACUUGGAAAAUCCUAGUUAAAGUUUUACAUGCAAUUUACUAUCUCAAAAACUAAUGCAGAUAUUGAAUUGAAACUUCACAUGUAUCCUCAGGGUUAAAAAACUAGGUGAUAGCAUCAAGUCCCAUAACUCUGAUUUGCAUUUUGGCCAAAUUGUGCCCCUUUUGGACUUGAAGUUUGAGUUUUGUGUGCGAGUACAUACAGCUAUUACUUAAAGGCAUGCAGCUUUGAGACUUUGUUUUUCUUUUUCUAUGUCAAUUUCCAACCUCACUUGGUCAAGUCCCAUAACUCUGACUUGUAUUUUUGGCAAAUUAUGCCCCCUUUUGGACUUAGAAAAACCUGGUUAAAGUUUUACAUGCUAGUUACUAUCUCCAAAACUAAUGUAGAUACUGGAUUGAAACACUAUAGAUAUUUAACAUUUAGGGUAAUAUUCCUGCUUCUGGGACAACAGUUUGAAUGGUCGAGCAUUGACUGUCUUACGGACAGGUCUUGUUAAUGAAACUUAAAUAAAUGUAUGGCCUAAAAUAUGGUGAAAUAAAAUGUAUAGGUCUGUGAGCUUGUUUUUGAGAUAUUUGCCUAUGAUUAAAGUGAUCUGUGCAUUUCAAGCUGGUUUUAAGACAUUAUUUUGAAUUAUUAGCUCACAUGUCACAAAGUGACAGUGUGAGCUUUUGUGAUCAUGCAGCGUCCGUCGUCCGUGCGUCCGUCCGUCCGUCCGUGCGUCCGUGCGUAAACUUUUGCUUGUGACCUCUCUAGAGGUCACAUUUUUCAUGGGAUCUUUAUGAAAGUUGGUCAGAAUGUUCAUCUUGAUGAUAUCUAGGUCAAGUUCGAAACUGGGUCACGUGUGGGCAAAAACUAGGUCAGUAGGUCUAAAAAUAGAAAAACCUUGUGACCUCUCUAGAGGCCAUAUAUUUCACAAGAUCUUCAUGAAAAUUGGUCAGAAUGUUCACCUUGAUGAUAUCUAGGUCAAGUUCGAAACUGGGUCACGUGCCUUAAAAAACUAGGUCAGUAGGUCAAAUAAUAGAAAAACCUUGUGACCUCUCUAGAGGCCAUAUUUUUCAUGGGAUCUGUAUGAAAGUUGGUCUGAAUGUUUAUCUUGGUGAUAUCUAGGUCAAGUUCGAAACUGGUUCACGUGCCAUCAAAAACUAGGUCAGUAGGUCAAAUAAUAGAAAAACCUUGUGACCUCUCUAGAGGCCAUAUUUUUCAUGGGAUCUGUAUGAAAGUUGGUCUGAAUGUUCAUCUUGAUGAUAUCUAGGUCAAGUUCGAAACUGGGUCAGCUGCGGUCAAAAACUAGGUCAAUAGGUCUAAAAAUAGAAAAACCUUGUGACCUCUCUAGAGGUCAUACUUUUGAAUGGAUCUUCAUGAAAAUUGGUCAGAAUGUUCACCUUGAUGAUGUCUAGGUCAGGUUCGAAACUGGGUCACGUGCCAUCAAUAACUAGGUCAGUAGGUCAAAUAAUAAAAAAACCUUGUGACCUCUCUAGAGGCCAUAUUUUUCAUGGGAUCUGUAUGAAGGUUGGUCUGAAUGUUCAUCUUGAUGAUUUCUAGGCCAAGUUCGAAACUGGGUCAACUGUGGUUAAAAACUAGGUCAGUAGGUCUAAAAAUAGAAAAACCUUGUGACCUCUCUAGAGGCCAUAUUUUUCACAAGAUCUUCAUGAAAAUUGGUCAGAAUGUUCACCUUGGUGAUAUCUAGGUCAAGUUCGAAACUGGGUCAUGUGCCUUCAAAAACAAGGUCAGUAGGUCAAAUAAUAGAAAAACCUUGUGACCCCUCUAUAGGCCAUAUUUUUCAUGGGAUCUGUAUGAAAUUUGGUCUGAAUGUUCAUCUUGAUGAUAUCUAGGUCAAGUUCGAAACUGGGUCAGCUGCGGUCAAAAACUAGGUCAUUAGGUCUAAAAAUAGAAAAACCGUGUGACCUCUCUAGAGGCCAUACUUUUGAAUGGAUGUUCAUGAAAAUUGGUCAGAAUGUUCACCUUGAUGAUAUCUAGAUCAAGUUUGAAACUGGGUCACGUGCCAUCAAUAACUAGGUCAGUAGGUCAAAUAAUGAAAAAACCCUGUGACCUCUCUAGAGGCCAUAUUUUUCAUGGGAUCUGUAUGAAAGUUGGUCUGAAUGUUCAUCUUCAUGAUAUCUAGAUCAGGUUCAAAACUGGGUCACAUGAGCUCAAAAACUAGGUCACUAUGUCAAAUAAUAGAAAAAAAAACGACGUCAUACUCAGUUCAAAACUGGGUCAUGUUGGGACAGGUGAGCGAUUCAGGACCAUCAUGGUCCUCUUGUUUAACUUGUCAGAUGUUUUGAUAUCAUAUUUUAACUUUAGAAAGAUAGUAACAUAGUCAUUGUAAUAAAAUUACUCAAGGAUUACCAUUAAUUCAAAAUUAUUUUCAUUUCCGAACACAGAAUCCAGGCUAUAUUCUCUGUUAUCCAGAUAAAUGACAUUAUGCCAUCUUUUCCAGUUUAUCAAACGUGCAGAACUACCUUAAACCUGAUAGAUGGAUAGAGGGUUCUUAUGGAGAAUAUGCAGGCCAAAGAAAAGAGCUACAUCUUUAUUUGUGGUUGCUAUGGCCACAAAAUAUUUUGCUUUAAUCCUGUUUUUUUUUUUAACUUUGUCCAAGCUUCCAAUAGGAUAUGAUGAUAAUUGUCCAAGGUUAUAUAUGCCUCUUUUGGUAGAGGACGUUUAUUGCGGGCAAUGGUCUUGUUUAUUCUUAUAAUAUGAAAGUCUUGAUAUCUGUUUGCUAUGAAGUCAAAAGAUAAUGUCUAUUUAUAACGUC